AUGACGGACGGAGACGUUGUGUACAUAUCGAUGUCGAAAGAUGUGAGCAUAGCCAAACCGGCACCAUCUACUUCUAAACUGGACGCCGAAGUCCAACUCACCGGCCUGGGAGCACUAGGCAUCGUCGAAGGCACCGAGCCUGUGCCCGAAGUCCCCUCCACAUCACGAGCAGCCGAACUCACAAAUUAUAGCCAGAACGCUAAAGACUACCGACAAGCUCGAGAAAAGGCGAUACAAUGGAUCUGGAAUCAUAUCCACAGCGACUUUCACAGCAUCGUUGCAGCUGUCCGUCGAGACCCGCGAGCCAUGUGGCUCGAAUUGGAACGUCGACUAGGAGGACGAAACAACUACAAUAUCUGGGCUGUACGGCAACAACUUGGGAGUGAAUCCUUCAAAGAAAACGAUACCAUUCAAACUUGGUCCGCUCGUCUCGAUACCUACAAUCAACGCCUGAUCGGAACCGGAUCUGAGCUCUCCGAACUAGAGAGAAUCGCCAAAUUGCUCAGUACACUUCCCAAACGCUUCGAAAUCACAGUCUCUCACAUUCAACGAAUCCCCAACCUCGACUACCAGACUGCUUUACAGCAACUACUCGACUUUGAAAAUCAACUACCGGUCGGCGCCGCAAAUGGAUCUGGAAUGGCACUGAUCACUGAAAACCGACCCCGAAGACCAUUCCAAUUACGACGAGGAAGAGGCAGUCGAUAUAGACCAUCUGAACCAUACCGUCGAGAACAUAGAGUCGAAAAUCCUCGGCCGACAGUAUACUGCUACCACUGUGGACGAAGAGGUCACACUAAGUCAAAGUGCUGGGAACUUCAACGUCGUGAAGAGGAAGACAAGCAAAACCAAGCACGACUAUCUCGAAUACCUCGCGGCACAAAUUACACGGCAGAGGAUGCUGCGACCUCAUCUACAAAUCCAACUCAACAACCAUCCCGAUCCGAUGCGAACUAUAUGGAAGACGGGUUUGCUCACAUGGCAAGCCAUGAUGCAUCAUCCACAAACGAAUGGAUACUCGAUUCUGGAGCAAGCCAUACAAUGACUCAUACAAGAUCAAACCUCACCCACUUCAAAAGAUUUCACCAACCUCGCCAAGUCAUCAUUGGGGAUGGAUCGCAUGUAAAAGCACUCGGAAGCGGCACUCUUCACAUACGGACAAACUUGGCUUCUAUUGAUCUGAAGGAAGUCUGGUGGGUGCCUCACCUUAGCACAAAUCUGAUAUCCGUGCGUUCCUUGGACGAUAUGGGACUAGAAGUCAUAUUUGCUGGUGGCCAAUGCAGGAUCCAACGCGACGGUAGAUCGCUCGCUACUGCAAGUCAAAUCCGAUCGAAUCUCUACCAACUUAAUCUGCCCGCGUCCGCAUUUAAUGCCAAAUUCAACAAUUAUCAUCCGAUCACAAUCUGGCACCAGCGGCUUGGACAUCUCAAUUUGAAGGACGUGUCAAAGAUUACCCGAAUUCAACUACCAAAACAACUCUCUCGAUGUGCCUCGUGCAUGGCUGGAAAACAGCAUGCUGUGUUUAACCGAAACCCUCAAGAGAGAGCUACAAAACCAUUUGAGUUCAUUCACUCCGACCUCAGCGGUUUGCUGCCUACUUCUCUAGGCGGUUAUCGAUACUUUCUCGUUUUCGUGGAUGACUUCACGCGAUACACCCACACCUACUUUCUGAAGGGUAAAAGCAUGACGGAAACCAUUGAAGCCUUUCGUGCCUACCACACAUGGAUCAAGACUCAGUUCGGCGCGGUCGUUCGCAGAAUUCGCACCGAUAAUGGCACUGGAGAAUUUGCCAACCAGUAUUGGCACGAUUAUAUGAUCAAUGAAGGCAAUCAACAUGAAUUCAGCCCUCCCAAUACUCCACAUAUGAACGGUGUGAGCGAAAAAACAAUCCGGACUCUCAAAGAGAUGGCGAGGACUAUGCUUGCAGGAGCGAACCUGCCAGAUCGCGAAGAAUUCUGGGGCGAAGCCGUGGCGACUGCCACGUACAUACGCAAUUUAUCCCCCUCCCAUGCAUUUAAUGCGUUCAACAUGGCAGUCACGCACAAGAAGAUGCCUGUUCAUGGGCUAUAUCCAUAA